AUGCUCGGUGCAGUUCAGCCAUUGUCCAUUGCUGUUCUCGGCGCAUUCUUAAAAAAACUCCAGGUGGCCGCAGAAAACAAUGAAAAUAUCCUGGAUGCUACUGUUGGACAAAUUCUUAUUUUCGCAUACCUUGGCGCUUUCAUCACAUUUGCUGCCUAUACUGCCAACACACUCUGGGUCAUAAGUGGUGAAAAUCAAGCCCGUCGCAUUCGCCAACUAUAUGUCCAUGCAAUUAUUCGUCAAGACAUGGCUUGGUUUGAUAAGGCUGGUGAAGGCUCGCUUAACACCCGUCUUACCGUCGAUACCCAGAUGAUCCAAGAAGGCAUUUCUGAAAAGUUUGGCUUGUAUGUUACAUCUAUUGCCCAGUGCUUUGUUGGAUUCUGUGCCUCUUUUGCCAUCGGUUGGAGACUUGCUAUUGUCAUGCUUGCCCCUAUGCCGCUUAUUGUUGGCGUUAGUAUCAUAUCUGGCUCGCUUACCACUAAGUACACUCUCAAAACUCAGAACAGUUAUGCUGAGGCUGGCUCAAUUGCUGAACAAGUCUUUUCUGGUGUUCGCACAGUCUAUUCUUACUCUCUUCAAGGCCGGUUCUCUGAUUUGUAUAAUCUCAAGCUCGAUAAAGCCAUGCAGACCGGUAUCAAGCGAGGAUUCGUCUCUAGUAUUGGCUUGGGCUCAUCUAUGUUCAUUCUUUUUGCUACUUACUCCCUUUCAUUUUGGUACGGCGCGAAACUCGUCUUUGAUGGUGUCAUUGGUGCUGCUUUUGUCCUUAUGGUGUUCUUCUGUAUGAUUAUGGGCGCCAUGUCCAUCACUCAGAUUCCUCCUAGUCUAGCCGUCAUCUCUGCUGCUCGUGGCGCGGCUUUCAAGAUAUUUAUGACUAUUGAACGCGUUCCUGACAUUGAUUCUGAUUCGACCGAAGGUAGCAAGCCCCAUAAAGUCAUCGGCAAUCUUGAGUUCCGAAAUGUUCAAUUCACUUAUCCCACUCGCCCUGAUGUUCCUAUUCUGAAGUCCCUCAACCUCAAGAUUCGUUCGGGACAGACUGUUGCUUUUGUUGGGCCCUCUGGUUCCGGAAAAUCAACUAGUAUUCAGCUCAUUCAGCGCUUUUAUGAUCCUCUCGGUGGUCAAGUCUUUCUCGAUGGCCAGGAUCUCAAGUCUUACAAUGUUGCAUGGUUACGCUCUCAGAUCGGUGUUGUCAGUCAGGAACCCGUGUUAUUCAAUAUGUCAAUCUUUCAAAAUCUGCUGAUGGGGUAUUCUCGAGAAGUCCCCAAAGAAGAAGUAAUCGAUGCCUGUAAACAAGCCAACUGUCACUCUUUCAUUUCAGAAUUACCCCAAGGUUACAACACUCUUGUUGGUGAACACGGUGGUAUGCUUUCUGGCGGCCAAAAACAGCGCAUUGCUAUCGCUCGUGCCAUUAUCAAGAACCCUUCAAUACUGUUACUUGAUGAAGCCACUUCUGCUCUUGAUACCCAGUCUGAGCGUCUAGUCCAAAAAGCUCUUGAUGCCGCCUCCGCCAACCGUACCACCAUUAUUAUUGCACAUCGUCUCUCUACUAUCUGCAACGCCGACUUAAUUGUUGUUAUGCAACAUGGUGAUCUUAUUGAGCAAGGAACUCAUAAUCAGCUGCUUUCACUUGGUGGUGUUUACUCGGAACUUGUUGCAAAGCAACAGAUUGAAACUUCCAGAGCCGAAGAUGCAGUAGAAGAUGACGACAAAGACGACAUAAUUGUCCAUAGUAAUAUAUCGGAACUCAACAAUGAGUACCAUUCUAACAAAGAUAUCGAUGUUCAAUUUAAACGCUCUCAAUCCAUGCGCCUCUCCAAGUUUAAUACUGCUACAUCUGUUGACGCCUUUGAAAUGAAACGUCUUAAAGAAAAAGGGAUUAAGGAGGCUUCCAAGCAACAAUCUGCGCCUGUUAGUAGAGUAAUUCGUAUGAUGCGUCCAGAAUGGCAUCUGAUGGCAGCCGGCGUCUGUGGUUCCGCAAUUGCCGGUGCUGUAUUUCCUUGUUUUGCACUCGUUUUUUCAUUUACUAUUUCAGCUAUCACAUUCCACGGUAAAGAGGCUUCUUCACCGUUCCAGGGUACCAAUCUGUACUCAUUUAUUUUUCUUGUUAUUGGUAUUGCCGCCUUCUUUGGAUUUGCCGCCCAGACAUUCUUCUUUGAGCUUUCUGGAGAACGCUUCACAAAACGCUUCCGUGGUGAGAUAUUCCAGACUCUGAUGCGCCAAGAUAUUGGUUUCUAUGAUAGCCCGGAUAAUAGUCUCGGUACGUUGACAUCAAAGCUUGCUAUCGAUGCCAAGAAUGUAAACGAAAUGGUCACCAAGUCAUGGGGUGAUAUUACCCAGAUCAUUACUACCGGUAUUACCGGAUUUGCUAUUGCUUUCUCGCAAAGCUGGCUUUUGACUUUGGUUGUACUGUGUAUAACUCCUUUUAUUAUGGGCUCAACUGCCUAUGAGGCAAGAAUCAAUCGUGGCUUUGAAGACAAGUCCAAGAAAGCCAAUGAGCAGAGUGGUGAAGUCGCCGGCGAAGCCAUUAAAGAAAUCCGUACAGUUGUUGCUCUUAAUAAACAAGCUUACUUUGAAGACAAGUACUACAAGGCUACUGAGUAUCCUCACACACUCGCUAGACGUAAGGCAUGGACUUCCUCAAUUGGUUUUGGCCUUCAGCAGGGUAUUGUUUUAUUCACAUAUGCGGUGGCUUUCUAUACUGGUAUCCGUCUGAUGUCCGAAGGCAAAAUUGACUUCACUAAUAUGUUUGGAACUACAAUGACUAUUAUUACUACCGCACAAGUUAUCGGCCGUGCCAGUGUCUUCACCUCCAUAUUCGCAAAGGCCAAGUACUCUGCCAUUGCUGCCUUUGAAAUCAUUGACCGUGUUCCUUCUAUUGACCCUGAACUGGAAGGAAUUGAACCCCACUCUUCCCAAAUUUCUGGUGAUAUUGCAUUUGAGAACAUCACUUUCCGUUACCCAGCUCGUCCUGACAUUUCUAUUUUUAAUGGUGACUUCAAUUUUACUGGAAAGGCAGGUCAUACUAUUGCACUUGUUGGGCCUUCCGGCUGUGGAAAAUCUACUACUAUCGGUAUGCUUCAGCGUUGGUACGAUCCUAUCUCUGGUACUGUUCGUCUUGAUGAAAGCAAUGUCAAUAAGUAUUCUGUUGGUAACCUCCGAAGUCAUAUGGCUCUGGUUGGUCAGGAGCCUGUUCUGUUUGAUAUGACCAUUGGUGAAAACAUCCGUUUUGGCGUCGAUUCUAAUAAGAGCGUUACUCAAGACAUGGUCGAGGAUGCCUGUCGUGCUGCAAAUAUUCACAAGUUUAUCAUCAGCCUUCCGCUCGGAUAUGACACUCGAGUUGGCGACAAAGGCUCUCAAUUGUCUGGUGGCCAGAAACAACGUAUUUCAAUCGCACGUGCGUUGAUUCGCAAGCCUCGUGUGUUACUUUUGGAUGAAGCAACUUCCGCUUUGGAUUCAGAAUCAGAAAAACUUGUUCAAACGGCUAUUGAUAAUAUUUUGGAAGAAGGUGGUCGCACUACUAUUACUAUUGCUCAUCGUCUGUCUACAAUUCAAAGGGCUGACCUCAUCUGUGUCAUUAAAGGUGGUCGUGUUGUUGAACAAGGAACACACUGGGAAUUGCUCAAACUGAAUGGUGUCUAUAAUUCUCUUGUACGCCAGCAAUCUCUUAAUGCAAACUAG